GGACACUCAGGGGCGUCAGGGACCCCCGACUGGGCCAGGGAACCCGCAGGAGCCCGGUGGGGCCCUGUGGGGGUGCACGGGAAGGAGCCUGUGGUGGGGUACAGGGGUGGCAGGGGGACACAGACACCCCCAUGGUGGGGUCAGGGAACACAUGGCAGGGUGGUGGAACCCCAGAGAGGGGCACAGAGAGCCCAGAGAGGGACACAGAGACCCCAGAGAGGGGUCAGGGACACCAUGAGGGGUCCGGGACACCAUGGGAGGAUGUAGGAACUCCACAGGGGGGACACACACCCCAUGGAAGGGGGUCAGGCAUCCCCCAGAGGGGUGGUCAGGGACCCCAUGGGUGGUUUGGGGGACCCCACGGGAGGAUGCCGGGACGUGGGGGGGUGUUUUAGUGAACCGAUGGAGGAUUUAGGGACCCUGGGGUGAGGCCAGAAGGGGUCCCCAAAGCUGCGGGAUGCAGUGACCCCAUGAGGGAAGGGGGCUCCAGGUUUGGGGCCCAUGGCAGAGCAGGACUGGGCGCUGGAGCCGGGCUGGCUUCUCUCCCCCGCCGGCCGCCCCUACCUGGACUCCAUCCUGCACAAGAACCAGCGGAGAGUGUUCGGUCUGCUGGAGCGCCCUGCGCUGCCGCCCGCCCUGGCUGUCCCCACUGUCACCUACAAACUCUUCCUGGCCGGGAGAAGCGGCGUCGGCAAAACAGCGCUGGUGGCCUGGCUGGGUGGGACCCCCGGGCUGCUCGGCCACCACGAGACCCUGGGCAUCGAGGCCACCACGCUGUUCUGGCCGGCCAAGCCCCGCGGCAGCAGCCGCCCCGUCCUGUUCCAGCUGCACCUCUGGGACUGCGGGGAUGGAGCGCUCAGGAAAUUCGAGCACCUGCUGCCCGCCUGUAAGGAGGAGGCGGACGCUGCCCUGUUCCUGUUCUCCUUCACGGACCGCGCGUCCUUCGAGGAGCUGCCGGCGCUCAUGGACCGCGUGCUGGGCCCCGGGGACCGCGACAUCAUCAGGAUGGUGGUGGGCACCAAAUUCGACCUGGCCCCACACGCGGCCGUGACGGAGGGGGACGUGCGGGCCUUCGAGGCGAGGUGGGGGCUGCGGGUGCUGCGGGCCCGGGGGUCCCCGGGGGCCGGCGGGGCUCGGGCGGG